GCGACGUAGUGGGGGUAAUAUCGAGGGGAGCUGCGAGGAGCUUCCGUUCAUCUGCGAAGUCAGAGAAGGCUGGCUGCGUUCGGUGGUGCUGUUGAAAAACACGAUGAAAAUGGCGUGGCAACCGCAAGAAGAAGGACUCAGGCAAAUUUUGUCGCUCCUCAGGGAAUCGCAGAGCCCGGACACGGCAACUCAGCGCGCUGUACAAGAAAAAUUGGAGGAGUUAAAUAAAUUUCCAGACUUCAACAACUACCUUAUAUUUGUCUUAACCAAGCUGACAUCAGAAGAUGAACCUACGAGGUCUCUCAGUGGUCUCAUACUGAAGAAUAAUGUAAAGGCUCACUUCCACAAAUUCAUGCCCGAAGUCACAAACUUCAUAAAGCAAGAAUGUUUAUCUGCUGUGGGCGACCCUUCUCCAUUAAUUCGUGCAACCGUCGGUAUAUUGAUAACCACUGUUGCAUCCAAAGGUGAACUGACAAAAUGGCCGGAACUUCUACCAGCUCUUUGUCAGAUGCUGGAUUCGCAAGACUAUAAUGUCUGCGAGGGAGCUUUUGGCGCUCUACAAAAAAUCUGUGAAGACUCUGCCGAGUUAUUGGACUCUGACGCACUAAAUCGUCCUUUGAAUGUCCUCAUUCCUAAAUUCCUACAAUUUUUUCGACACACAAGUCCAAAAAUUAGAUCACAUGCGAUAGCGUGCGUUAAUCAAUUUAUUAUUAAUCGCACGCAAGCACUCAUGAUACAUAUUGACAGUUUCCUAGAAAACCUCUUCCAUUUAGCAAAUGAUGACGAUCCGGAUGUCAGGAAAAAUGUGUGCAGGGCUUUGGUAAUGCUCCUUGAAGUGCGAAUGGACAGGUUAAUACCACAUAUGCAUAACAUAAUUGAGUAUAUGCUGAUGCGGACUCAAGAUCCUGAUGAAGGUGUUGCACUAGAAGCCUGUGAAUUUUGGUUGUCCCUAGCUGAUCAGCCUAUUUGCAGAGAAGCUCUUAUACGGCAUUUGACCCGGCUAGUUCCAAUUUUGGUAAGGGGUAUGAAGUACUCAGAAAUAGAUAUAAUAUUACUGAAAGGCGACGUGGAAGAGGAUGAAAUGAUCCCGGACAGAGAGGAAGAUAUCAGACCAAGAUUUCAUAAAGCAAGAACGCACCACUCCCAUCACGCAAUCAUGAACAAACAUACGGAUGAAAACGGUGGAUGUGGAGACGACGAGGAUUCAGAUCCAGAAGAUGGCGGAGAUGACGAUUCGACGCUUACUGACUGGAAUUUGAGAAAAUGUUCUGCCGCAGCUUUAGACGUAUUAGCCAGUGUCUUCAGGGAUGAACUUUUACCAGUGUUAGUGCCAAUCUUAAAAGAAACACUGUUCCACCAGGAAUGGGAGAUCAAGGAAUCUGGUAUCCUUGCACUGGGAGCUAUCGCCGAAGGUUGCAUGUCCGGCAUGGUACCACACUUGUCAGAGCUCAUUCCAUAUUUAAUUGGUUGUUUGAGUGAUAAGAAGGCUUUGGUACGUGCCAUAACAUGCUGGACAUUAAGUCGUUAUGCCCAUUGGGUAUGCCAGCAACCACAUGACACUUACCUUAAACCUUUAAUGACGGAAUUGCUCAAAAGAGUUCUCGAUGGCAAUAAACGCGUGCAGGAAGCUGCGUGUUCCGCGUUUGCCACUCUGGAGGAGGAAGCAUCUACGGAAUUGGUUCCAUACCUGGGAUUCAUUCUGGAGACUCUUGUUUUCGCAUUUGGCAAAUAUCAACACAAGAAUUUAUUGAUACUGUACGACGCCAUCGGUACUCUUGCUGAUUCCGUCGGUCAUCAUUUGAACAAACCAGAUUACAUUAACCUUCUAAUGCCACCUCUUAUCAACAAGUGGAACGUUCUCAAGGACGAAGACAAAGAUCUCUUUCCACUGCUGGAAUGUCUCUCAUCCGUCGCAACAGCAUUACAAUCUGGCUUUUUGCCAUAUUGCGAGCCCGUUUACAAACGCUGUGUCUCUCUUGUGGAACAAACAUUGAAUCAACACAUAGCAAACACACAGAGUCCGGAACAAUUCGAAGCUCCCGACAAGGACUUUAUGAUAGUUGCGCUAGAUCUUCUCAGUGGCUUGGCUGAGGGAUUAGAUGGUCAUAUGGAACGAUUAGUAAUGAACAGUAAUGUUAUGCAAUUAUUGUAUCAGUGCAUGCAAGAUCCAAUGCCGGAGGUCAGACAGAGCAGUUUUGCUUUACUUGGAGAUCUAACAAAAGCUUGCUUCCAACACGUACUACCGUGUAUACCGGACUUUAUGCCGAUUCUUGGUCAGAAUUUAAAUCCAGAGUUCAUAUCAGUAUGCAACAAUGCGACGUGGGCCAUAGGGGAAAUAUCGAUAAAACUUGGACCCGAUACGAGUGCAUACAUUCCAUUAAUUUUGUCACAACUUAUCGAUAUAAUCAACCGACCAAACACACCAAAAACUCUACUAGAAAAUACAGCCAUAACGAUCGGUCGCCUAGGUUAUGUGUGUCCCCACGACGUCGCCCCCAUGUUACAGCAGUUUGUCCGACAGUGGUGUACCUCCUUGAGGAACAUCCGUGACAACGAGGAGAAAGAUUCGGCGUUCAGAGGUAUGUGCCAGAUGAUAACGGUCAAUCCUGCAGGAGUCGUCCCAGACUUUAUAUUCUUCUGCGAUGCCGUCGCAUCCUGGGUAACGCCUCGCGAAGAUCUCAAAGACAUGAUCCUUAAGAUUUUACACGGCUUCAAGAAUCAGGUCGGUGCGGAAAACUGGAGGAGAUUUUCCGAUCAAUUUCCACCGCAGCUCAGUGAACGGCUUCAUGGCAUGUAUGGCGUCUGAGCAGCCCCGCCUACUUAUGCUCAGCCUCGAUUGCGGAUCUUUGGCUGAUCUCAGCUUCCGAUCUGACUGAGACUGUCAGUGGUGCUAAUGAUGAUGAUGAUUGACUUCUCAAAGGACUCGGACUCUAUGGGACUGUUCCUAGUACCUGACUAUCCUAUCCUUGCGGCACGAUUUUAAUAAAGGAAAUAAGAAAAAAAAUUAUAUAUACAUAUAUACUCUCUCUCUCUCUCUCUCUCUCUCUCUCUCUCUCUCUCUCUCUCUCUCUCUCUCUCUCUCUAAUAAGAUCUCUCUAAACCACUCUCGUCUGUCGCAGGCGCAGGUAUAUUCAUCGUUCAGCGUUUAAACCCAAUAAUGACUCGUGGCGUUACUUCUUUUUUUUUUUAUUGUCACACCUGACCACCUUAGUACUUAUGAUAUAUACCUUAAGUUGGUACUACGGGGCCUGGGUAAGUUUAUUAUUAAACAGUGGUUUACUAUUUCUUUUUUUUUUUUUUCUUCUUUUUAUUAACGUCGAGAUCCUGGCGAGGAUGCUAUCGGAUAAUCAAGUGAACUUCUCCUAGCGUAAGAUAGACGAGUAAUUAUUUAUUAACCUAUACACUAUGCGAUUAGCAUAGGGCUGAUCUCGACGUAGCGACGCGUUGCGUAUGCGUUUUACUGUAAAAAAAAGGCAGUGUGAAUGUAAAAAAAAAAAAAUUCAACUUAGUCAAUACUCGUCGAUUAAGAGAUUUUAAUUUUCAUUAAAGGAUUAUAAUUAUAGGUAAAUAAUUUGAAACUUCAUUUUCAACCUAAAAUGUACGUAUAUCGGACCUUUUGUAUUUUAAGUGGCACAAUUGGAAAAAAAAAAGAAAUAUCUGCCCACUGCGAGGUAGGCAACUUGAGAAUUGAAGGCCGUUUAAGGUUUUGACUAAUAAUAACAGAAAUAACGUUACUAAAUACGCUACUGUGAUUGUGUAAUACCGAACCAAGUAAUUCAAUGAAUUCCUAAGAUGUCUCUUUGUAAAUCCUUUGGCUGAGCCGCACAGUUACUUUGUACAGUAAAGAAUAAAAUUCGGUUUUACGUACGAAUCCAUUAUAAA